CAGGCGGCGUGGACGCCACUUCGCUCGGCUCUCGGUCUCCCUGCUCUUCUCAUACUAGGGACAGAGAGUCACACACACAACACACACCAACACACAACAACAACAGCAGCAACAGUCCAGGCUGUCGUUGUUGUUAUUCUAACCACUUGUAAAGCAGAAGGCUCGUUUACGCCAAUUUUGAUGCCUUGAGCUCGAUUGCAUUUAAAAGCGCUUGUCCGCUGGAGUUCGCUCGACACUGAUGUGGAUAUUACCGCGGCGUAUGGCUAUGUCUACAGAUCGGUGAAUGGUAUAUAUCAUCUGUAUAUGGGUGUGUGCGGCGUCAGACACACACACACGCGCACUGAAGACUCGGACAGAGGCUCCAUUCAGUAUCCCGUCCUCGAGAUGGUGGAUGUGCAGCGCCCUUCUCUUGGAGGGAAUUGACGCCUGUAUCAAGGGAAUUGCAGGGCUGCACCCUGUAUCUUUAUUUUAUAUCGACUACAAAUAUAUUUUAUUUCACAUUUAUUCUGAUUUUUUUUUAAGCAACGUACUAACAUUGUUUUUGGUGGCGGGGGGUGGUGGUGGGCGGUGGAUUUCCUGCUACGGAUCUGAUUGAAUUUAUUUUAAUUUUUAGAUGAUUUCAGACAGCGUUGACUUUUAUUGUAUUGUUUUUUGACGUGGGCGCGUGCGUGCGCGUGCGUGCGCGUGCGUGAGUCACGCCGAGAUGGAUCGGCUUCUUAAUUGACCCGACAUCAUCGGCGUUGUCAAGAAGCGACAACUGUUACGGGCGAUUCCUUCCAGGGACAAAUGCAGCGACGAUUGGGGAGACCAGCCGCUAUCACAUCGGACAAGUUACGUAUCUAAACUCUCUCUCUCACGCACAUUUACAUACACACAUACAUACAUACACACAUACAUACACACACAUACAUACACAUACACACAUACACACACAUACACAUAAAAUACACAUUUACAUACACACAUACACACACAUACACACAUACAUACACAUACAUACACACAUACAUACAUAUACACAUACAUACACAUACAUACACAUACAUACACAUACAUACACACACACGUACAUACAUAUACAUACACACAUACACACACAUACAUACACGCACACACAGACAUAUAUACAUACACACACAUACACAUACACACACAUACAUGCACACAUACACAUACAUACACACACAUACACACACACUUAAACAUCGUGGACUCGGGAUAUCCGCACAAGCCACACGCGCUCAACAUCUCCUCGACUCACAAGUUGAAGUCUUACUAAGACGAAGAUCAGCUUGUCCGAGGUCCGCUCCAAAUACGAAACUCCACCAUCAUCAUCAUCGUUUUCUCACCGGGGGGAGAGACAUCGUCGGCAACUUCGGGAAGAAAGGAAGACGCACAAGAUGAGAGCUGAGAUGAUCCUCAACACGAUUCUCAUCCUGGGGUUGACGCGUCUCUCACACUCCGUUGUUGCUGCUCUGGUGAGUAGAACAACCUUCGGCCAUGUGGUGGACGCCGACGACGUGCUGACGAGGGAAGAGCAGAUCUCCAUCCUGCUGGGCGCCCGAAGGAGAUGCGAGCAGCGCAUCAACUCGACGGGCGGCUCCACGGCGUCAGAUCGCCACUGUUUCCCGGAAUGGGACGGGAUUAUUUGUUGGCCCGCGGGAACUCUUGGAAGCCUCGUGUCGGUGCAUUGCCCCGAAUACAUCUACGACUUCAAUCACCAGGGCAUGGCCCACCGCCACUGCACCGCCAACGGCUCGUGGCUCUUCGUCGCCGGUGGCGUCAACAAGACGUGGGCCAACUACUCCGAGUGCGCACAGUUCCUGCGGCCCGAGCUGCACAUGCGCACCAAGGACGUGUUCGAGCGGCUCUACGUGAUGUACACCGUGGGCUACUCCGUGUCCGUCAGCUCCCUGUCCGUCGCAGUCUUCGUCCUCGGAUACUUCAAGCGCCUGCACUGCACGCGCAACUACAUCCACACGCACCUCUUCGUGUCGUUCAUGCUGCGCGCGGUGAGCAUCUUCGUCAAGGACUCGGUGCUCUACUCGCGCUCGGGCAUCCACGACAUCGAGGCCUUUGCGGCCGACGACCUCCGUGCGAUCAGCGAGGCGCCGCAGGACAAGAUGCAAUACGUGGGCUGCAAGGUGGUGGUGACGCUCUUCCUCUACUUCCUCGCGACCAACUACUACUGGAUCCUCGUCGAGGGGCUCUACCUGCACAGCCUCAUCUUCAUGGCGUUCUUCUCCGACAAGAAGUACCUCGGCGGCUUCACUCUCAUCGGAUGGGGCGUGCCAGCUGUGUUUGUGGCUGCUUGGGUUAGCGUGAGAGCUACUUUUGCCGACACUCAGUGCUGGGACCUCAGUGCUGGCAACUUCAAGUGGAUCUACCAGGUGCCCAUCCUGCUUGCCAUCCUGGUGAACUUCAUCUUGUUCAUCAACAUCGUCCGCGUGCUCGCCACAAAACUGCGCGAGUCCAACGCCGGCCGCUGCGACACCAAACAGCAGUACCGCAAACUGGCCAAGUCGACGCUGGUGCUAACAGUCGUGUUUGGCGUGCACUACGUAGCCUUUGUGGGCAUCCCCGACAGUAUUGGUGGCGUAGCGUGGGAGAUCCGCAUGUACGUCGAUUUGUUUCUCAACUCCUUUCAGGGAUUCUUUGUGGCUAUCAUCUACUGCUUCUGCAACGGAGAGAGGAUGAGCCGCAUCGUCGUCAUGGAGGUACAGGCGGAGAUCAAGAAGACCUGGGUGCGCUGGAACCUUAACCUGGACUUCCGCAGGAAAGUGCGCAGCGGCAGCAACAGCUACAGCUACGGGCUGACCGUCUCGCAGGCCACGCACAGUGUGAGCACCAACGUGCCCAACCGGGCCCUCCUACAGCCUCAGCCGGCGGGAUCGAGAAACGGAGCCAAUCACUGCGCCCACUUCUCGUCGGCGAACGGCAACUACCGCAACCUGCCGGGAUUCGUGCGCAACGGCUCCCUGUCGGAGAAUACCCACCCGCCCUCCAUCCCCGAGGAGGAGGAGGAGGAGGACGGGGAGCAGAACGACGCGGAGGAGAUGGAGGAGCCGGAGGUGCCGAUCGUCAUCGUUGAGGAGCAGGACUCCGACUCCCGCAUCGUCGCGCAGGAGGAGACGGAGACGGUCAUGUAAAGAGGGGGGGACCUGGGCGAGAGGCCGAUUGGUUCGCGAAAGCUUUGGUGGGGGGGGGUCAUCGCGAAGUGCGGAGUCUUUACGUUUGUGCCGGAUCCGUGCAAAUAUUAUGUGCGGGGUUUUUAUUUCACGUUUAUGUUUCCUUUGUCGGUUAUUGACCCCCUUUCCCGUUCCCACGACGUCCAUGUACACGUCAUCGGUUUUUCUUUCGAUUCCGUUCCGAUGGCGUACGUACACGGAACGUUAUUAUAACGGAAUCGGAAAAAAAACUACGAUUAAAAUAACUUUAUCGGCACCGACGCUCCCACAAGGCCAUGCGGGGAGGGCGUGUGGCACAGUUUGGCACCAGCUAUCAUAGAGUGUGGUCGUGUGGCUACAGUUCUCUGCGGUGAGGACGAUGUCUUUUGAAAGCAACGUCGCUACGCCUCAAAAUAAAAUUCACGCCGACCCACUCGCGUGUUCCGAGAUUCGGCGGUGAACGGGACACCUACCCUGUAACUUGCAGACGUCUCGGAACGGGAAAGGGUUCAAAUGUGUGCCUCGCUCGUGUUGAGGACUCGGUCUAAACCAGGCCCUUUCAUCUCCUCUGUAAUGUGUUCAAAAUCUGAAUAUUUAUCCUGGAGAAAUCCGAUGAGCUAUGAAGGUCUUUCUCACAGAUGUCCAAUUCAGCCACCACACUGCAGGUCACAACAACACAUUCACUCACUCACUCACCCACCCACUCACUCACCCACCCACUCACCCUCUCGCUCACCACACUGCAGGUCACAACAACACAUUCACUCACUCACCCACCCACUCACCCCCUCGCUCACCACACUGCAGGUCACAACAACACAUUCACUCACUCACCCACCCACUCACCCCCUCGCUCACCACACUGCAGGUCACAACAACACAUUCACUCACUCACCCACCCACUCACCCCCUCGUUCACCACACUGCAGGUCACAACAACACAUUUACUCACUCACCCACCCACUCACUCGCCCACCCACUCACCCUCUCGCUCACCACACUGCAGGUCACAACAACACAUUCACCCACUCACUCACCCACCCACUCACUCGCCCACCCACUCACCCCCUCGCUCACCACACUGCAGGUCACAACAACACAUUCACUCACCCACUCACUCACCCACCCACUCACUCACCCACCCACUCACCCCCUCGCUCACCACACUGCAGGUCACAACAACAAUCCCACUUACCCACCCACCCACUCACCCACCCACUCACCCCGCGCUCA